AUGGGUGAACCGCUUGAGACAAGUUGUGUCGCAUGCGGGUGGACACUUGACAAAGAAAAGCGGUGCCAUUAUACAAGCCACCUCAAACUCUUCUACGGUGCAUCUAUUCGGGGUGUGAGGUCCAUCGGAUCAGAUGUGAUUCUAAAAGACCGGCCCUACGAGGGUCCAAAAGCAAAAGUUGUAGUCAAAACAUUGAAGGAUUUAGCGACCCAUUCCGACAUUCCCAUCCCAAAGGUUUUACGUGACUGGGUCGAUCAAGAUGAGCGGUACUUCGUUAUGAACGAACGUAUCGGCGGCGAGACGCUCGAGGAGGCAUUGACUUCUUUGUCAGACCCCAAAAAAAUAGAUAUCGCGGACUAA